GACGUAAGAGUAUGUAUCAAGACUUGGGUUUCAUAGGAUAUGUGCGUCUGGUGAGCAACUUACCUCUUCAAGAGUGGUACUAUAUCCCGAAAGUGCAGACGAGCAAGCAUCACAGAUAAAUUUAGUAAUUUACACAUGCACAGCUCGUUUGCAUGGCUAAUGGGGAGUUCCAGGUGGCCCCACACAGCAUUCCAGAAUAUUGAUUCAAGGAGGAAGGAAUCGGGACCAACAAGUGCAACCAUUCUCUAAUAUGGAAGCAUUUGAGGAGAAGAGGUUUGCCUAACUUUAUAUCAAAGUAAGCUGUUUCCCCUAAGCCAACUGACUCUGCAAUGUCCAACUUGUCCCUAUAAAACUCAUCCGACUCGGAGAUCUCCAGCGUUAACGUAAAUGCAUCACGAUGUGGACUUGAUCAAUGAAACCAUAAUCCAGAGCCAAAUCGGCAUUGCUCUUGUUCAUAUCAUAUUGGAUCAAUAUCUGUCAAUCUCGCCUAUUUGUCAUUCUUUUUUAACCGGGAUGGGUAGCUUUAUUGGUUUGAACCCAGAACUAAAAUGUCUCUAAGGGAUAGAAGAUUGAUACAACAAAUCAGUUUGAGCUACCGUCAAGUGCCGGAUAGACUUAUGUGGAACAGCAAAAAGGAUGACCAUUUUUGUGUCCGGAGUUGCUAUCGGAAGCUGACGGGUGAAGUUUCAGCAAGAGGGUGGAUAGGAUGGACUCAAAUGUGGAAGUGGUCUAUUCCUCCUAAAAUCAAGACUUUCUUCUGGCAAGUUUGUUUGGGAUUUCUUCCAACCCUGUGUGCUCUACGCAGCAGGAGGGUUAACUGUCCAUGGAUUUGUGGAUUGUGCAAGGGGGCAGAGGAAUCGUCGCUGCAUCUGUCUGCUCAAUGUCCUACUGCUGUGGAAGUUGGGCGUAUUUUGGGCCGGAAGUAGGCGCUUGAUGUGUGUUUUCUCGCACUUAAAUGGUUGUAGAAAAGUGGUUGAAAGUACGAGUAUCGUCUCCACGGGGACGGACAAAAGGGAAUUACAGAAUAACUAAAUUCAGCGAUGAAAAAGAAAUAAAAUAAAAUAAAAUAAAAUGCAAGUGUGUGAGAUUGAUUGGUGAAUUAAAAUUAAACUAAUGCGAAUAAACAAUAAAAAUAAAGCUUGGUUUCUUUCUAAUUAACGACGAAGGGAACAAGGAUUGAUUCCGGGGUGACCAGAUUUCUGGCAGAUCAGACCUAGUUACAUGAAAUUAAUUUAACUGAGCCUAGCUAAUCAUUGUCAUGUUCUUACCGCCCUCGCGGCGUAGAGUACAAUAAUUUAUAUACUUUUACUAAUUUCCCC